UUUGACCAAUCAAAACCGCGGCGUGACGACGCCCUCUGCAAUUCCCGGGCGAGGCCGGCGCACCAAGGGCGUCGAGUGCAGAGACUCGACCGGUCGGCGUCGAUGCGCGACGCCAAUUUACGUGCAGAUGCAGUCGUUUGGCGACGUAUCGAGGGCGGCGUAGGUCGCAUGGACACUUGUACUACAGUCGUUUGUCGAAAAGAUGUUCAACGCAGCGCGUCCCAGCGCAAAGUACUGUCUGUUUUGGGGUUUGACGGCCGUGCGCAGCACAACCCAAAACGACUCCGUCACUCGAGCAAACGCGACGUCGACGCCAGCAUGCUCGUACCAACGUGCUUCUUCAACGGGUGUACGAACCCGCGCCUCCCGAUGAGCGUCAAAUGCGACUUCCACAAGCACCGCCUCCAAUGCCUCGACGACGGCUGCCACAACCAAGUGUACGCGCGCCAUCGCUGCGUGCGCCACGGCGGCAAGCUGCGCUGCGCCCACCCGACCUGCGACCGCAAUGUCCGCUUAGGGGCCUUUUGCUCGUCGCACGGUCAGUCGACGGCGAAACGCCACUGCUCCGAGCCCGGCUGUACGACGCAGGCCCACGCCCGCGGUCUCUGUGUGCGCCAUGGCGGCGGCCGGCCGUGUGCCGCACCCGGGUGCCCGCUGCACGCCCGCACACGCGGCUUUUGCGCUCGUCACGCUCGCCACACCAACAACCCAAACAACAACAGCAGCAGCAGCAUCAAUAACAUCAGCAAUAUCGCUCAACUUCCCGUGACGCCGCCCCCGCGACUACCGCCGACGCCGACGGUGCUGCCGACGAUCGAGCCGCGACGAAAACCCUGCAUCAUCCAUGGGUGUCUUCGACGCGCGCACGCACGACAGCGCUGCGUGCGGCACGGCGGCGGCCGUCUCUGCGCUGUCCCCGACUGCACGAGCCAUGCGCGGACGGGCGGUGUCUGCUGCCGGCAUGCGCAGGAGCGGCCUACUCUCUCGACGACUGAUACCAAGAGCCUUGCCCUGUGGCCGCGCCCGACUCUUGGACUACGUAGCCCCGUCACCGUCGUUGACGUCCCCGCGGUAUUGCGCGUGGAGUACCGUGGUCAAGCCUCACUCGACUGGCUCGAACCGUUCGAGUCGUCGUCGUCGUUUGGCUUUGUGGAUCCGAUGACUGACAUUGGUUCGAUGAUUCUGCCCGACUUGGAGCUCGAGCUACUGGACUUUACAAGCGCCUUGACAUACUAGUAGAAAAAAGUGUUUCGAUAGACGUCUUAUUGUCUCAUUGUACUAGUUGGUUCGUUUUAUAUAGAUUAAAUGUGAUCUCGCCACUCGGUCGGGCGACCUCGACGUGUGUGUGCG